AUGGCAAAUAAUACAUCUACAAACACCCACAUCAAUCCAAUUGCCGACAAUAUAAACAAAGGAAAGGGUAUUGAAAAAGAUCCCAUAAAAAUUGAGGAAGAUAAGGCAAAAGCUGCAUCAAUUUUGAGACAUCAUUUAAUCGACAGUCUCAAACAUGAAUACAACAAUUAUGAGGACCCAAAAUUACUUUGGGAAGAGCUAAAUGAAAGAUUUGGCCAUAAUAAAAGUGUACUUCUCCCAAAAGCCAUAGAUGAAUGCAUUUUGUUACAACAACAAUAUCGUGAAAGGCAUUUCCGGAAAUAUCAUGAAUUGCUGAAAACACUUCUUGUUGCGGAGCAAAAUAAUGAACUAUUAUUAAAACAUCACAACAGGAGACCGGUUAGGACUAUUCCCUUUAAUGAAACAAAUAUGAUUGAGAGGAAUGUGCGCCAUCGAGGUCGUGGGAACUAUUUUAUAAGAGGCAAAGGUCAUGGAAAAUAUCACGAAAAGAGCGGCAUGAAUACUUUCGAACAAGGAAAUUUCUAUGACCGUAGUCGUGGUCGUGGUCGUGGUCAUGGACUUAGUCGUGGCCGUGGACGUAGCCACAAAUACAAAAGCACAUGUAAUAGAUGUGGCAUGACUGGACAUUGGGGGCGAACUUGUCGUACCGCCAAACAUUUAGUGGAUUUAUAUCAAGCUUCCCAGAAAAACAAAGGAAAAGGGGUAGAAGCAAAUUUUGUAAAUGAAGCAAGUACAUCUGGGCCCACCUUAGAUGUCUCCGAUUUCUUUGCUGAGGAUGUGAACCUCCACAAACUUGAUCCCCAAGAAGAAGAUAAUUACAUCUUUUGA